AUGGAGCUUAAGAAAGUCAGAGGUUCUGGUCUGCCUACUAUCUUUGAAGAAUCCGAGUCUCCGAGUAUGGAUGAUUUGAAACCAUGGAAGAUUGAUGAAAAAUACCAUCAUGGAGAUCGAAUGAGUGUUCUUCACAAGUUCUACAAGAGUUACAGAGAACGAAUGCGAAAAUUCGACAUUUUGAGUUACCAGAAGUUAUAUGCAAUAGGAUUUUUGCAGUCCAAGGACACACUAGAAACCUUUUCGAGCUGCAAGUCCUCAACUCCAGCAAUCAAAUCAUUUCUUUUGCAGAACUUUGGGCUAUGCAGACCGAAGAAAAAUUCUGAUUCUGACCCACUGGUUAAGUUCGUUAGAGAAUUGCAUAGUGAAUUGGAAGUAGUAUAUGUUGGACAGUUGUGCCUUUCUUGGGAAUUCCUUCAAUGGCAAUAUGAGAAGGUAUUGGAGCUUUGGGAAUUUGAUGAAUAUGGUUUACGUUCGUAUAAUGAAGUUGCAGAGGAAUUUCAACAGUUUCAAGUGCUCAUGCAAAGAUUUGUUGAGAACGAACGGUUUCAAGGGCCAAGGGUUGAAAAUUAUGUAAGAAAUAGAUGUGUUAUGCGAAAUCUUAUGCAAAUUCCAGUGAUCAGAGAAGACAGUUUGAAGGAAAAAAAGAAAGCCAAGAGAGAAGGUAAAGACAUUGAUGAUGCAAUUGGAUGUGAUAUUCUAGUAGAGAUUUUGCAGGAAUCCAUAAGGACUUUGUGGCGAUUCAUAAGAGCUGAUAAAUCUGCCAAUACAACGGAUGCUUGUCGAAAAAGAUCAAAGUUGGAACUUGAAGAUUCCUUGGAUCCAAAGCUAUUACAGGAAGUUCAAGCAGAUCUUCAAAAGAAAGAGAGGAAGCUUAAAGAGCUGUUGAAGAGUGAGAACUGCAUACUGAAGAGAUUUAAAAAGCACCAGGAGGAAGAAGAGAGCGCAGAACACCUUUACUUUUUUUGUCAAGUUGACAUCAGAUUAGUGUCCAGGGUUCUAAACAUGUCGAGCAUAACAACUGAUCAACUAGUCUGGUGUCACAAUAAGCUAAGCAGGAUACAGGUUGUGAACCGAAGAAUUCGUGUAGAUCCUUCUUUCUUACUAUUUCCAAGUUAG